ACGUUAUGUGAGAUUUGGAAGAUCCGGGUUGUUUGGUAACAAAUCUUCAGUGAGCUAUCUUAAGCCUGUCGUCUCUUUAAAUAGAAAAGACUUUUUGGAACUGCAUGCAUAAACAUUCGAAAUGGAAAUGAAAGUUUUAUUCCUAUUUUCUGCGACCAUUUUGCAGAGAGCAUCAGCCAAUUUUCUAUGCUUUUGCAACUUUUUGCAUCCAUAUGGGUCCUUUUUGUACGAAUGUCCCAGUCGGACCAGUCAGGUGAUUGGAAUCAUCUAUCCUCCAGAAAACACGGACCAUUACGUGGAUCUAUCCUCUCCCCAUUGUGUAGCUGCUUUUAAUGCGCAGGCUCCAGAUGGCUGGGUAGCCAUUUAUUACAACAGCAAUAAUUUGAACAAGCUUGGCUAUAUGCAAAAAGAUUCAGGAUUUUUGGACAGGCAGUGUCCUGGAACUCUUUCAUUCAACGUCCAUAAUAUAGUGAAGUCUACCAAGUGUGUUCAUCAGAUUGGAGCUAUACCAGGCUUGGUUCUCCCUACCCCAGCUGCUCCUCAUUCUACCCCGCAACCAACACCACGGCCGAUAGUCUGGGUCACACUACCAACAGUCCCUAUACUACCGAUUAAACCUAUUCAAAGCAGUACAUGUGACGGAGUUAGACUUGAGAAAGGUAUCGCUCAGAUGUCCACGGUAUUCAAUGCAGAUUCCCGCCAUUGUCCGAACUCCGCCAUAGCAGACGAGGAGGGUGUCGUUAUGGCGUACUGCAAGGCACCGGAAGUGAAAAAAUGGAAACGCCAAGCGCACAUAAUGAGCGACUGUACGUCCAUUCCAAAGUAUUCUCCCGUAUCCUUUUUUAAAGGAGAUGCAAUUUUAGGAGGAACGAAAUCGGGAAUUUUUGUGGAAUGCACUGCCACCAGCUUUGUGAUUGCCCGGCAGCUUUGUUCCAAUAUGUUUCUGGAGAAGGUGUCUGUCCCUUCCUUCCUCGCCCGCUAUUAUUACGUGAUACAGUGGUAACAAAUAACCCAUAACUUUGCACGUGACUUGACAUGAUGGAUUUUCUGUGAUAAAUUUCUCAUUAAAAAAUGUUAAUAAAUUAUUGAGGUGCUGUGCAUCAU